UGCGAAGCAAUUGUUUUUCACGAUUUUGCUGUGUUUAACGCGACACCGUGAGCAAUCCGAGUAAUCUUCGCGAACCCAGACCCAGACCGCGAGCGCACUAUGCCGGAUAUCGAGGAACCUUCAGUCAAGCCGGUGAGCGAUGAAAAAUUGUCUCCGAAACGGACGACCGAGCGUAGUGCGUCACCACCGCGGGAACGGUCACCGUCAGCGCACGAAAGCAGCGCGAGCCCGGAACCGAACCGGGUGAAAUCGGUUGUUAGGCGCCGUACCGACAGGAGGGAAGAUGGUGAAAUCAGUUCCGGCCGUGAUUCGCGUUCGCGAUCCGCCUCCCGGAGCGAUCGGAGAAGUGAGCGUCGCCGGGACCACAGAAGCCGGUCACGGCGUCAUCGACGGUCGCUAUCACGAUCCCGGUCCCGCUCCCGCUCGCGGUCACCGGAGCGUUCGCGUCGAUACUCCCGUAGGCACCGUAGAAGAGAACGCACACGAUCUCGGACACGAUCCCGCACGCGAUCCCGAACACGAUCCCGAUCGCGCUCCCGUCAAAGGGCGGAUCGGCGAGAGAAUGCCUCACGGAGCACCAAAGCCGGUGGGAAGGCGGAAGCGCUCGAUCGCAAAGAGGAAGGUGAUGAAGGGUUACUGCGCCACGAAAAGCCGGCCAUUCGGAAGACGGUCGAUCUGCUGACGUCGAAAACGGGUGGUGCGUACAUUCCGCCGGCGAAGCUGCGCAUGAUGCAGGCCGAAAUCACGGACAAAGCGUCGGCCGCGUACCAACGCAUCUCGUGGGAAGCGCUGAAGAAGUCCAUCCACGGGUUCAUCAACAAGGUGAACGUGGACAACAUUGGUGUCAUCACACGCGAGCUGCUGCGCGAGAACAUCAUCCGCGGCCGGGGGCUGCUCUGUCGAUCCAUCAUCCAAGCGCAGGCCGCCUCCCCGACGUUCACGCACGUGUACGCCGCGCUAGUGGCCAUCAUUAACUCCAAGUUUCCGAACAUUGGCGAGCUGCUGCUGAAGCGGUUGGUCAUACAGUUCAAGCGAGGCUUCCGGCGCAACGACAAGGCCAUAUGCCUGUCCGCUUCGCGCUUCGUGGCUCACCUGGUCAACCAGCGGGUGGCGCACGAAAUCCUGGCCCUCGAGAUUCUUACGCUGCUCGUAGAGAACCCGACGGACGACUCGGUUGAGGUGGCCAUUGCGUUCCUAAAGGAGGUGGGCCAAAAGCUGACGGAGGUGUCGGGAAAGGGAAUCAACGCGAUAUUCGAGAUGCUGAAGAACAUUCUGCACGAGGGCAAGCUGGACAAGCGCGUCCAGUAUAUGAUCGAGGUGGUGUUUCAGGUGCGCAAGGACGGAUUCAAGGACCACGUGGCCGUGAUCGAUGCACUCGAGUUGGUCGAGGAGGACGAUCAGUUCACACACCUGAUCAUGCUGGACGAGGCAACGGAUACGCAGGACAUUUUGAAUGUUUUCAAGGUGGACAACGAGUUUGAAGCGAACGAAACCAAGUACAAGGAGAUCAGCAAGGAAAUUCUGGGCAGCGACGCGGAAGAUGAUGGCGACGGAGACAGUGGGUCGUCGAGUGGCGACGGCGGAAGCGGCAGCGAUUCGGACGACGAGGACGGUGCCAGUGACUCGGACGACGACGGUCCGGCGGGUGCUGACGGUUCGCGCAAGCAGGACGCCAUUAUCGACAACACGGAAACGAAUCUGGUGGCCCUACGGCGCACCAUUUACCUCACGAUCCACUCCAGUCUGGACUAUGAAGAGUGUGCCCACAAGCUGAUGAAGAUGGAACUGAAGCCGGGCCAGGAGCAAGAGUUGUGCCACAUGUUUCUCGACUGCUGCGCCGAGCAGCGAACGUACGAGAAGUUUUACGGGCUACUGGCGCAACGGUUCUGCAUGAUCAACAAGAUGUACAUCGGGCCGUUCGAGCAGAUCUUUCACGACACGUACACCACGACGCACCGGCUCGACACGAACCGGCUGCGGAACGUAAGCAAGUUCUUUGCCCACCUGCUGUUUACCGAUUCCAUCGGCUGGGACUCGUUGGCGUGCAUCCGGCUGAACGAGGAGGACACGACCAGCUCGAGCCGUAUUUUCAUCAAGAUCCUGUUCCAAGAGCUGGCCGAGUACAUGGGACUGUACAAGCUGAGCACCCGACUGAAGGAUCCCACGCUGCAGGAACCGUUCGCGGGCCUUUUCCCGCGGGACAACCCGAGAAAUACGCGCUUCGCCAUCAACUUUUUCACCUCCAUCGGCCUCGGAGGGCUAACGGACGAGUUGCGAGAGUUUUUGAAAAGUGCCCCCAAGCAGGUGGCUGCACCGUUGCCGGCUCCUGCCGUUGCCGCUGCUUCAAAAGAUUCCGGCGACUCGGACUCCAGCUCUGACUCCUCCGACUCAUCAGAAUCUUCGGAAUCCUCUUCCGACGAUAGUAGCAGCACUAGCAGCAGCAGCAGCAGUAGUAGUAGCAGUGGCUCUGAUUCAGACGAACCGAGGCGCGAUCAACGCAAGCAACGACGAAAGAAGGAGAGCUCCAAAUCGAAAAAGGACGCACACAAAGCCCGCAAACAGAUGGCGACGACGGACAGAAAACGGGACAAGCGCACGAAGGACAAUAGCAGUGGAAAAAGAAAAAGAGAAAAUCCGGAAAAAGAGACGCGACUCGAAAGGCGCACGAACGACGACUACGAUCGUGGCCGCGAUGAUCGUCGACGCGACGAUCGUUACCGCGUCGAGGUGGCGCCAGACGUUGGACAGCGGGACCGCGAAGAAAACUAUCGAAAACGAUACCGCGAGGAUGGCCACGACGAGCGCCAACGUCAUGGUGGCCGUGAUCGUGAACGUGAUCGCUACCGCGAGCGAACCCCGGAACGGAACCGCGAUCGUCGUGAUCGACGCUAG